AUGGGCAGCCGACCCCGCAACCCCAGCGCCUACCCUGAGCCAGGCUGGGAACCGCCGUCCGGAGAAUCCCGCCCUGCCAAGCGCCGCCGAACCGAGGAGCCUGCGGGCCUGGGGCCUGGGGGGGCCCCGGCCGCCGGCGCACUCACCUCCGUGGUGGUCCUGGCCUCCGGCUGUGCCCUGCAGCUGCUCCUGGACGACGUCGACCUGGUGCUCGAGCCGGAGCCAACGUCGGCCCUGCAAGUGACCCUCGGAGAGCUCACCCUCGUGCUGGUCCCCGAGGCUCUCCUGCGCUCGGGAGGGCAGGGCCACUCGCCUGCCGGCCUGCAACAGGCCACUUUCCUGAACGCGCCCGGGCACACAGUCGCCGUCGAGCAGGGAUUCUUCUGCGCUCCUGUCCCAGAGAUGGCCGCCCAAGAAGAGGCCUACGAGGCAGACGCGGACCCCGAGUUCCUGCCGCCUCGCGUGGACCCUGCUGCUGGCUCCGUCCCUGGCCGGGCCCCCACCCCCAGUCCAAAGAGACGCUCUCCUCUCCGCUACUUCAACCUGGACGCCCACCUUCUGGAGCCCUUCCCCAACUCGCCACUCCAACCUCUACCUCCCUCUCCGAGUCCAGGUCCCCACGCGCGCCCCCAGCGCCCCCCGGAUGCCUCCCGCAAGGCCCGGAGACGCCUGUUCCAGGAAUGA